AUAUUGCCAAUCACAGAAACCAGAUAUGGAUAAAUUCGAGCUAAUGGAAUUCCAAUAUAAACUUCUUUCCCUGAUGGAAAUAUUGUAUACAUUUGAUUUGGGCGACGAGAUAGGGCGUGGAAAUUUGCAAAAACUGCUUUCGUAUCUUUUAAAAACAUUCCGCCUUGAUGAAAAGGUUAUUGAAGUUGUUGUACGUUGUGCAGAGAAUCUUAUAUCUGAUCAAAAUGCACGCAUACAGCUAUUUGUGGAGAUCAUACAAGAUAUCUGUGGUUUGAACAGUAAACCAAAUGAUCUUUUGCACGAUCGGACAUUAAUCAGCGAAUUAUUGGCGAGCUCAUCAAAUGCAGAUCUAAAUUUAAAAUUAUCUUCGCUAAAGGUUAAGCUUCUUGAUUUGGAGGAACAAGAAAUGAAUUUUGUACAACGUAAAGAUUACAUGCGUGCGCAGCAAAUAACCGAGGAGAAAUAUGCCACCACAGAAGAGUAUACGAACUUGUUGCAACCGCUUUUAGAUAAUCAUCCAAAUGCAGACAUGCUAAAGCGUCCAUUACAGCUGCGUAAAACGACGAAACCGGAAAGCAUAUUGAAGAGUUUGCAAAUAGCCUUCUAUAUGGUCGUUUCACCUAAAGUGCGCUCACUUAAUCCGAGCAUUUUAAAACUGUAUAAUGACUUUAUUUGUCGUCAUCUUGCCUCAAAUCAAAUUGCAAUCCGUGAUUGGGCUUUGAAAUGUGGUACCGCCUGCAGUAUGCUGUACGAGGCGCUAGCAAAAGAUGUUUUCGAAGAAUUAUAUGCGCAGUUUUUUAAAAAUCACAAUAUUCGUAUUUGGGAGACCUCCAUAACGUGUAUUUUCGAGCUGCUGGACAGAUUNACAGAGGGCUACAUACACAACAAAAUUGCUCACACAUUCUUGCAAGAAAUGCUGAACAAUCUUACCAACAAGGAACUUUGCAAACUGUUGUCUAAAGAGCUGAUUACGUUAGAAUUAAAUGUAACACAGAAUGAACAACUAAAGCUUGAAUUGAAAGAGUGUGCUGAUAAGUUGAUAAAGGCUGAUUUCGAUCCUAAGACUGUAAAGCAUAUAAUAGAUUUCAAAGAUUUAGUUGAUGGAAAUUAUAAUCCUGCACGCAAACCUGCAGGC